UAGGUUAUGUUGUGACAGCCGGAUGGCCGGAGUGGUAAUAAUAAAAAUAGUCAUGUUUUACGUAAAAAAACACCUUAAUUGUUUAUAAUGUCGUGGUUUAAUAUCCACAAAACACAGCCAAAGUCGCCACUAUGAUAAUGAUAAUCCAGUUUGUAAACGAAGAUCAACAAAAUGUCACUGUUAUCACUAUUUGUAAUAAUUGAUUGAUAAGAAUGGCUUCUUGGAGCACAUACGUACAAGGCUUUCUCUACAUCGCCUUGCUAUUUUUCUUCAUUCCUAUUAAAAUUAACGGUCCUGACAAGGUAGAAACUCAGUUCCAACAGUAUUUAACCACAUUCAACAAAAGCUACGAUGAUCCAGAAGAGUAUUUGAACAAACUGCAAGCAUUUAAGCUAUCUCUAGAGACAAUAGAAUUGCUAAAUUCCAACAAAACUAAUACCUCUGCACAAUAUGGUUUAACAAAGUACUCAGAUCUGCUUCCAGAGGAGUUUGUUUCUAAUCACCUCUACGCGAAUUUAAGCCAGAGGUUGUCGCUACACCAUUCUAGACCACAGCGCGUUGAGCGACGAUUCUCCGUUCCUGGUAAAAUUGACUGGAGAGACAAACAUGUGGUGACUGAAGUCCAUGACCAAGGUACUUGUGGUGCCUGUUGGGCUUACGCCGUCGUUGAGACAAUAGAAACCAUGAAAGCAAUCAAAACUAACAAAACUGAAGACUUCAGUGUUCAGGAAAUUAUUGACUGCGCUGGUAACAAUAAUAAUGGGUGUGAUGGUGGUGAUACCUGUAGUUUACUAGCUUGGAUGACAUACACCAAUUUUACGUUACUCCGGGAACGGGAUUACGUGCGCAAAAACCACCAGUGUAACCCUGGUUCCAUGGAGGGAGUCAAACUAGACAGCUACAUUUGUGAAAGCUUUGUAGGCAGGGAGCAAAUCAUGUUGAGGCUUCUGGCGGAAAAUGGGCCUCUAGCUGUUGCUAUUAAUGCGCAGACAUGGCAGAACUAUGUGGGAGGGGUUAUUGAAUACCACUGUGAUGGAGAUGCAGGAAAAUUGAACCAUGCGGUACAGAUUGUCGGGUAUGACUUAACUGCAAGUAUUCCAUAUUACAUUGUUAGGAACUCGUGGGGGCCGGAUUUCGGCAAUGGGGGUUAUUUGUACAUAGCGGUGGAUAAAAAUAUGUGUGGUGUAGCCAAUGAGGUGUCAGCUUUAACUGUGCUGUGAUUUAGUUAAGAGUUACUUAAGUAGGGAAUUUUAUUACGUGACGAUAUUAUUUUGAGUUUGUGUUAUCCACUAGAUUGUAUAUAAGUUUUGUAUGUUCUAUUAAAGUUUUUGUAAGGA